AAGGUGUUGUUGAAAUAAGGUGAUAACAAGUCAAAACUAUAGCUGGUGCUUAUGUGUAAGAAAGAAAAUCAUUUUUUUAUAAAUUGCAUAUACAAUACAAUAUACACACUAUUAAUGUGAUGUCCUUUAAGAAUGUUAAAUAACUUGCUAAUAGAGAUUAAAUAACAGUAGAAAAGAUUAAAUCAAUAUGUACCCAUUUUUUCUGUGCUAGUUGGCUCAGAUGUAUUUUGUCCCAACACGUUGUGGGACUUUUCGGGAAACUCUUACUGUAAACGACACGGAAGAAGCCCAUACAUAGUGUUUGACCACAGGUCUUCCUCUCAGCAUUCAAUCACGUUUUAAUAGUGCAGAAAUGUCUGACUCACACGUUAUUCUUACAAACAAGGACCUCCUUCUCCAAAGUCCUUUAAAAGGGCACAAAACUUGCUCCUGUUCAGAAUUUGAUUGAAUAGGACUUGCUGGAGAACUAUUUAUUUUAUUAUAUUAUUAAGCUAUUUAUUAUUAUUUAGUCCUUAUUUAUCUUCCUCAUCUUUUCUUUCCAAAUGUUUUUGUUUCCACACACCUAUUUCUCUUACCUGUCCUCUUUUCUCUUAAUCAUCCCACUUCCUUUCUCUUUGUCAUUUUAUCUAACUGACUCCAACCCACUUUUAUCCUUUAAUAGUCAAGUCAGAGAGGUGCACCUCUACACAGAUAAUCACAGACGAGGGAUGUAUCUGCAGAUGACCCUGGAUGGGAGAGUGUCAGGAAGUGAGGCUCAGACACCUUACAGUGUGCUAGAGCUGAAAUCAGUUAAACCAGGCCAUAUAGUCAUCAAGGGACAGUCGUCAUCUCUGUUUCUCUGUGUGGGCAGUGGAGGCCAUCUGAGGGGGCAGAGGCUCUACACAGAGGCUGACUGCACCUUCAGAGAACUGCUGCUGGCAGAUGGAUACACCCGUUUCCUUUCCUCGCACCAUGGAUUUCCUGUGUCUCUGGCAUCAAAGCAUUCCCAAGAUCGCAACACAGUACCCUUCACUCGAUUCCUACCACUUAGGAAUACCUUGGCAGGGGAGAGUGGGUCUGAACAACCACCAAACAAUCAGAGAUAUUUCAACAUGGACUCUGAUGAUCUUCUUGGAAUGGGUCUAAACACUAUGGUCAGUCCUCAGUUCUCACUGGACAAGUAAAAAAAAGAUGAAUUGAACAGAUAUGUAACUAUAUGUACCUGGUUGAAAUAGAUUUUUUUAAUGACCAGAAGAGACCUGAUUUUGUUAAGUAAUGAGCAGCUUGGUCAUUUUGGUUCUCAGCAUUAAUUAAUAUAACUUAUUUAUUUAUUGUGUGUGUGGUGUAUUUCUAAUAGUUAUUUAAAGAAUGAAUAAUUUUGACUACAGCUCUUGAGGUUUUUUUUUUGUUUAGUUUGAAAGGAUGUUUGUGUCUUAGAAAGAAAUGGACCAUGUUGCAACAUCUUUUGGAGUUCUUCCGAAUCGAAUGUGACUGGAAAGUCCAACAAGCUUGUGUUUGUACUACUCGAGUGUAUUUAUCAGACUAGAGAGAAUGAAAAUAAACAUGAUAUAAAUAACACUUUUGUUUGUCGUGGUCUUUCAUGCAAUGAUACAGCAGUUUAAUGAAACAAUUACAGGAAGGAGAAUGAGAAGAAUGCAUUCACAGCUCAUGGUGGUGGUGAGUAAAAAUGGGUUGAUCAUGAGUGUCGGGCGUAGAGGAGUCUCAAUUAGAGAGGAUGCCUUAAUUUGUAAUCUUGCAUUGAUUUGUUUUUGGUUUUAGCCUUGCUGUAUUUGUUUUAUUUAUUUUUUUGUUUUAAUGUCAUUAAUCUUUUUUUAUUGUUUUUAUUAUUAUUAAAAUUUUUAACAAAGCCUUGUAGAUU